AUGUUCAGCCCACCGGUGUAUCUCUCUAUUGGUGAUGAAUACGAAAAGCAGCCCACAAAGCCGUCUGUAGCGGUAAAAGAUGGUGUGAAGAGCUUCGUGGUGCCAAUGAAGCGCUCUCCGCAUAUAACGGAUGCAGUGUUUCAGAAGCCGUUUCUUUCCCUUGCAGUCGGUGAUGAGUACGUCGCUGUCUCUCCAGGUGGCACCUUUCGGCAGACGGUGGACACACAAAAGGGCGGCGGCGUCGCGCCUGUCCCGUUCAAGCCGCCGAGUCGUCCGCACAAAUCGAGUGGUAAGGGCACAUACUACGGCACCUUCAGUGAGACCAACCCACCGAGACACGAGGCGGAGCUGCCGCUGAUCCACGUAAAGAAGGCCAGUGGGGCCGACGACGGCAAUAAAAUUGAGCGGUCUAAGAAGAACUUGUACACCAACCCUGGCAAAAAGGGCACCUACGGCUACGUGGGCCUGACGAUCGGCAAGGCGGGAGAAGUGCAAUACAUCGCUGAUCCCAUCGGCAAUGCUGGCUCCACGCACAUGAGUACUCCACGUGCACAACCCCCGUUUCGGGCUGCUGUGAAGACAGGGGGUUGUUUUGACGAAGGAACGCAUGGGUUCAGCACGGUGUACGGCAUUAGUAGGCCACUGCCGCCGAAGAAGCCGAUGCUGCCGCGGCCGCCACUGGAUGUCAAGCCUUGGCGCCCUGCGGGUGCGCUUGUAAAGGACAUCACGAAGAUGCCAGAGUACCAGGAGGACCCGUUCGACAUGAAGGAGAAGCGGAUACGCGAGGAACGACAAAAGGAGCAGGGCUACAAGCCGUGGCACCCGGUGGGCAACGACCCGUAUCGCCACAUCUACCACGCCCCUGUGCAUUUUGACCCUCCGCCGGUGGAGUAG